AUGUACGUUAGAACGCGUCAAUGUCCUACAUCCUCCCGUUCCUUUGCAGCCUAUUCAUGGCCUUUCCACGGAACUGAGACUGAGGAAACAUUGAAUCUAUCGACCGCUCGCUACGAUGAUGCGAUGCGUGCACAAGGGCGAGCAGUGGACGAGUUUUCCUCCAGCCACUGCGAUUUCGAUUUGGGUAGUUAUUCAACCGUCAUGUUACCUGAGCCAAGUAAAGGGAAGAAGCCGGACUCGAAGGAAAACGACAAGGUUCAGAAAACUGACAAGCGACGAAACUCGCUCACGGAUUCAUCAACGUUCUCAACAUCGGCCUCUUCGAAUAGCAGUAGCGUUGACAGUGAAGAAGCUGCUGGUUUGUUAGGAGCGUUGUGUGAGUCAAAAGGAACAAUGACAGUACCUGCCGAGAACUUAUGCAACAGUACCGGCGAUGAGAACGCGAAAGACGGCUUCGACCAGUAUCGUCGAGCGAUUCGCACUAAUACAUCUCCUGCUGAAGAAUGUCGCCGUCGUCACGGUUUCAGAAGCAUAGCUGAUGAUGUUGGAGUGAGUAUUUUCAUGGAGGGUGUGAAAGUCCGUGAUGUUCUUUUCAAAAGUGAAUACGUGACUAACGACAAGCAACAUGUCAACGGUGAGACAAACACCUCUGUAAGACCAGCGAUUCACACUAGGAAGAGAGCAGAAAAACAGAGGAAAGAACGAGAAAAGCUGGAGAAAAAAGAACGUGAUCGAGCAGCAGCAAUUCAGAAACGGGUAGAGGAGGCAGAAGCGUCUAGACAAGCUGCAAUCCUUGCCAGUGAAAAAGAACGACUUGCUCGAGAUUUGCUUAGGAAGGAGAAUCGGCGCGGGCAGCAUAAACUUGGUCCUGUUCAUUACGGGACAAGCAAUUUCACUCCACCCGUAAACUCUUCUGUCGAAACACCUCGGAAUGUCGGACCUCUCGUGAAACUCCAGGCGUCCAUCGGUUUUGGUAUUGCUGCAACAGGCGUUUAUGACUACUACCCGAGGAUUGUUGGUGCAAGAAUAUCAAAGCCUUCAUGUUUUUACUCUGAUCUGGUAGGACCUUGGAAAGAGAAUUGGCGGGAAAGUUACCAAGAUUCCUAUUUACGUGAGCAGAAUCAUGUUGGAACACUUUAUGUUGCUAAGGACGCUUUGGAAGGUGUUGCUAAGUCCAUGGAACAAGUUGCAUCGAUGGCCAGUUCUCCUUUUUCAAACAAAUGGUUGAAGAAACUUUUGCUGCUUGUUCUGAAGGGACAGGUUAGAAAGGUGUGGCGACGCAUGCAGAUCAUAGGAGAUGUGUUACGAAGGUAUAAAGUUGAUUAUCGCUGUAAUUUUCUUGGUCUCACGUCGAUGAUAGAGUUCGUGAUGCAGGGCAUUACGAAUUUAACAAAGAAUACUGCCAACAACACAAAUAUAAUUAUGUUUUUGUCUUCACAAUUCUCCGAACGAAAACCAUGUUUUUUAAAUAACCACCGACAAUGCUUGAUGAUGGAUUUUAUUCUUCAUUGUUUGGCACCAUCUGCCGCUCACCAGCUCAUCUCAGAAAGAUCGUUUGUGACCCAACAACAAGCCGUACAUUUCGCUGCUAUUAGUGGGCAUCCAUGCCAACUUAAUGUCUUACUCAGUCAUGGUACUAGUACUAACGAAUUCGACCAGUCAAAACAAGCACCAGUACACUAUCUUGUUGAGAGAAACAAUGUGCUCAUGGUUCGACAGUUGAUGUGGUAUGGAUCUGACAUGUCGUUGCUAGAACAAUCAGCAUCGAAAAUUCCAUCCGAGUUGUACAACGUUGAUAAUGCUGAGGUUUGUACAUUCCUUCAGUUAAGAAUGAAGGCACUGGAACGAGUUAUGGCCUCAUGGUUACGAGCAAUUUGUGCAGGAAGACUCCAACUUGGUUGCGCUGCAAGUUUGUUACAUUCUAUGCGUUUUCUCGAAGCUCAUGGUCGUUUAAAUGAUGUUGGACACACGAGAACACAAGAAUUGCGAAAAAUCAAGCUGGCUCUGCGGCGAGAUGUAAUCGAAGAAGCUAAGGGUGAAAAUGAUCAUUUGGUAGUUUUCAUGUUGCCCGUAGCGUUUACACCUCAAGACGCGCUGAUGCCUGCUGAAUGUCCGCAUAUAAUACGAAAGAAAAUGUAUGAAAUGUACCCAACCUAUCAAUUGCCUUCCUUCUUCAUGCAAAAUAAUCCUACAAUGUGUCUACAAAAUGUCGGAGACUCUCCCGAAUCUUCGAGAGUGUUCACCAUGUUGUCAGUAUUCAAAGAAACGCAUAAUGGUUAUUUAUAUGCUUGGCGACUUCCAUAUAAAGCGAGCCAGUUGAAGGGUGUUGAAUCGGCUAUAAUGACGUGUACAGUGGAUGUGUCGAAAAUAAACAGGCAAGUAGCUGAGCAGUCAAUGAUGUUUGUGCAAAUGUUCGUUGUAAAAUCGACAUGCUCUCCAUCCAGUAAACAGAAAAUGGAGUGA